GGAAGCUUUGGUCACCAACCUUCUGAGCAUAUUUUACUGCAUUUGCAUCUUCACCUUCUAUCACUAAUAUUGCGGUCCAGUGUACUAUUAAUCGCCAAUUCGUAGACGUGAUUCACGCCAUUUACGAAAAUACUUGAUAAAGACGUCCUGUGAAUCAUCCCCGCAAUCUUUGUAACAGCAUCCCACGUGUUGCGGUAGAGACAAAUACAUUGGAGGUUGCAGACUCGCCAUUUACAUUGACAGAUAACGUCAGUGUGCAGGCGUGCAAGUUUAAGUCUGUACGGUGCCAUAUCUUGGUUUUUCCAACACCCUCGUUAAAAUGAGCGAAUAUUUUUCCCUUUCAGAUUGUGAUGUCAUUGGUUUUGAUUUGGACCACACUCUAUGUCGGUACCAUUUGAAGGAGACCUCCAGGCUGAUCUAUGAUAGCUUUACAAGGUAUCUGGUGGAGCACAGAGACUAUGAUAAGGACCUUCUUGCACUGACCCCUGCUACCUGGGAUUUCUGUUUCAAAGGCCUAGUGGUUGACCUUGAGGAUGGGAACCUGGUCAAGUUGGCAGAAGAUGGAACAGUCUUACGAGCAACCCAUGGGACCACUAACCUAAGUACAGAAGAGAUCAUUAAACAUUACAGUCCAAACAGGGAAUGGAAGCACUUCAAUAGCCUCAAUACCUCAUUUACAAGAUCUACUCAGUACUAUUUUUAUGACAACUAUUUUGAUUUACCCGGGGCUCUUCUUUGUGGAAGUGUGGUCGAUAUGUUGCGCAAGCGUGGCAGUGAAGUGAAUUCAGACUUUUGGAAGGACAUAGUUGCUGCCAUCGAUCACAAUUACAAUACAUCUGCGUUCAAAGAGGACGCCGGAUGGUACUUCCCCAGUGUGAAGAGGGACCCUGGCCGCUACCUGCAGCCCUGCUCAGACUCCGUGAAGGCCUGGCUGAGGAGCAUGAAGAGCGCUGGGAAGGUCCUUCUGCUCAUCACCAGCUCGCACAGCGACUACUGCAGGCUCAUCUGUGACCACAUCCUGGGGAAGGACUGGGAGGAGCUGUUUGACGUCAUUAUCACCAACGCCUUGAAGCCUGGGUUUUUCUCCCUGGUUCCCCAACAGAGGCCCUUCAAGACCCUGGUGAAUGACGUGGAGGAGAGUGAGGGGCUGCCGUCCCUGGACAAGCCUGGUUGGUACUCUCAAGGCAACUGGCCCCACCUCCACGAGCUGCUCAAGACCAUGACUGGCAAACCUGAGCCCAAGGUGGUGUACUUUGGGGAUAGCAUGCGGUCUGACAUGUUCCCCGCCAGCACUUUUGGGAAGUGGGAGACAGUGAUGAUCGUGGAGGAGAUGGAGGGAGAGGGUGUCCAGUGGAGCGACGCAGCGAAGACCAACGAGGCCCAUGUGGAGCCUCAGGAGAAGAAGGGAAAGUUUGAGGACCAGGGCAUGAAAGCACCUUCUGCUCCAUCAGAACAGUGGGGAUCCUACUUUGUGGAUGCGCACAAGACCGAUGGUGACGAUGAGGAAAGCCAGAAACUCACCUGGUGUUGUCAUAGUAUCCACAAAUACAGCACCAUGGCUAUCCCCAGUGUGGAGUCAAUUGCAGAUCUUCCCCUGGACUACAAGUUUCCCAGGUUCUCGCCCAACAAACCCUGCACCACUGGCUACUACCCCAGACCCCCAGAUUCCCUGCUGAGGAAGUGCCAGAGUCAGUUGUCUUAAGUAGUCCUCCUCCCCAGAGUCACCCCCCUCCUCACCCUCUUCAGCCUAAGGGGGAGGGAUGUGCAUCCAUGUUGUAUGUAGUUUCCACAACUGAAUCAUGCCAUCCAUCCCUAGAGCACAGGAUUUCACGCCUACAUUGAUAGAAACCAUGUGAAUGUAAAAGCACAGUAUCUUUCUGUAAGUAACCUGGCUACAUUUGAACGUUGUUAUGUACGUGGAUUAUUGUACAUGUUGUGUGAAAAAUAUGACCUCUUUCACGUCUGCGAGUGUGUCAGCAUACAGAGCUGAUUAAAGCGUAAUAUUAAUCAUAUUGUUUUGUGUGAAGACCACUAUUUUGUAAUGAAGAUAGAUAGUCAGUUGAUGUAUGAGUUUAGUUCCCUAUUAAAUACAAGUAAAUGUAUGUAACAACUAAACAACCUUUCCAGCCCUCCAAUUACUGUCCCACACUUAGUUUGUUUUGUGUCUCUUUACCUCAAAAGUCUAAUCUGCGCUGAAAUGCAACAUUGAACAGCCACAGCAGUGUUUGUUUCCUGAUGGAUGUCCAGUAUCUAUGGUAAUAAUGUGUGUAUAAAUAUCAGUACAGAGGAAAUGCUUUACCUUUUGGAGCAUGUUAAGUUACUGUUAUUGGUAUGCAUACAAUUAAGCAGAAUCAAGUUUGCUGUUUAUUGUGGGUUUUUUUCUAUAAUGGGUUGUUAGGAUCAUGGGUUCUAAUUGGAUGAAAGCUUUGGUAUAUGAGACCGCAUAUACAAUUAGCAGGAAAACAAAAUGCUAAUAGCAUUGGUAACUGGUUCGUAAUAGCAAUAAGGCACCUUUGGGGUUAGUGGUGUAUUGGCAAUUAUGCAUGGCGAAGUUCUGUAUCCAGACACUCGCGUUGUGCGUAAGAAUGGCUCUUAGCCAUGGCUUAUUGGCCAUAUCCCACAACCACUAGUGCCUUAGGUGUAGCAUUUCCCCUGUUGAUUUUGUUGACCAUUGUUCUUGAAGAGAUUCCACAACCUGUCCUCAGUGUUAUCUUUCUCUUUAAAAAAAAAAAAGAGAGUAGUGAAAUAAAACUCUUCCUCUUUUAAAAUGUAAUACUGGAUGGUGAAGGACUAGGCUGUGGUGUACUUUAUGUAUUCUUUUUGUGCAGCAUUAUAGUGCUGUUGAAGUGACUGUAAAAAUGUGGAAUACUUAUGCUUCAUAUGCAGUACCAAGUUGAAGAUAUGCUUUAACCGACUUCCGAAUGGUUAGAUAUUUUGUUGUGCUGCAUAUAGGCUAUUUGUUUUAUAUUUACAAAGUCUUAGUAUACUUCAAAUUGUAUAUUUUGACAGUAGGCUAAUUACUGUAUUCAUUGUUAAGAGAGAACAUUACCAGAAUUGGUCAGCCAAAGUUAACUAUUAUUUAUGUUUUUGUGUGUUGGUGUUAAAUGCAAUGCAGCUUUAGUGAUUGUAUUCCAUGUAUUUUUUUUCUCCAUCUCAUUUGGAAGGUUUUAUAUGCCCAUUUGCCUUAUGUUGAAUUCAUUCGUGCUCUUGUGUUCUAGAAGACGCAGGGAAAGUGUUCAAUGUACUGUCUAUGAAAUAAAAACUGUUCUGCAAAUUUGUUA